CUGAGCCCGCUUGCGGAGGCUGGCGCGGGCGCCUCCUGAGACCGUGGGGCCCCGGGUGCCGCCCCCUCAGGAACCACCAUGUUGGUGAUACCUCCGGGACUGAGCGAGGAGGAAGAGGCUCUACAGAAGAAAUUCAACAAACUCAAGAAAAAGAAAAAGGCAUUGCUGGCGCUGAAGAAGCAAAGUAGCAGCAGCACAGCCAGCCAAGGUGGCGUCAAACGCUCACUUUCAGAGCAGCCUGUGGUGGACACAGCCACAGCAACAGAGCAGGCAAAACAGCUGGUGAAGUCAGGAGCCAUCAGUGCCAUCAAAGCCGAGACCAAGAACUCAGGCUUCAAACGCUCUCGAACCCUAGAGGGGAAGUUAAAGGACCCUGAGAAGGGACCUGUCCCCACUUUCCAGCCAUUCCAGAGGAGCAUAUCUGCUGAUGACGACCUACAGGAGUCAUCUAGACGUCCACAGAGGAAAUCUUUGUAUGAGAGCUUUGUGUCUUCUAGUGAUCGGCUUCGAGAAUUGGGGCCAGAUGGAGAAGAAGCAGAGGGCCCAGGAACCGGUGAUGGCCCUCCUCGAAGCUUUGACUGGGGCUAUGAAGAACGGGGUGGUUCCCGCUCCUCAGCCUCCCCUCCCCGAAGCCGCAGCCGGGACCGCAGUCAUGAGAGAAACAGGGACAAAGACAGAGAUCGGGAUCGAGACAAAGACUGGGACCGGGACCGGGAUCGGGACAGAGACCAGGAACGGGAUAGGGAUCGGGACAAAGAUCGAGAUCGAGACAGGGAUCGAGAUCGGGACCGAGACCGGGACCGGGACAGAGACCGGGACCGGGAUCGGGACCGGGACCGGGAUCGGGACCGGGAUCGAGACCGAGAGGGCCCUUUCCGCAGGUCAGACUCGUUCCCUGAACGCCGGGCCCCUCGGAAGGGGAACACUCUUUACGUGUACGGAGAAGACAUGACACCCACUCUCCUUCGUGGGGCCUUCUCUCCCUUUGGAAACAUCAUUGACCUCUCCAUGGACCCACCCAGAAACUGUGCCUUCGUCACCUAUGAAAAGAUGGAGUCUGCAGAUCAGGCCGUUGCUGAGCUCAAUGGAACCCAGGUGGAAUCUGUGCAGCUCAAAGUGAACAUUGCCCGCAAACAGCCCAUGCUGGAUGCCGCAACUGGCAAGUCUGUCUGGGGCUCCCUCGCUGUCCAGAACAGCCCUAAUGGUUGCCACCGAGACAAGAGGACCCAGAUUGUCUACAGUGAUGAUGUCUAUAAGGAAAACCUUGUAGAUGGCUUCUAGAAAACGAAGCUGGAUUCCUUGUGCCUCCUAUGCCCCCAAUGCUGGCCUCAGUAAAACACUGAGCUGGAAGCUUGCA